AUGGCUCAACAAACGAACAAUAUAAAUUUCAAUCGUUUUAUUAAUGAACAAGUUUGUGAACUUCGUGAUGCAAAUCAUAGUCCAAUCUAUGGUUAUCAGCAUUUACCUAUUUUAACACUCGAACAAUCUGUAGAAAAAGUUCUUCCAAUCGUUCCCGGUCUUGAAUAUUAUAUAACGCAAGCAAAAGAACAUUGUAGAAAAUCAUCAACUGAUCUAACAUUAGAUCAAUCAGCAGCGAUUUAUCUUUAUACAAUGCCAAUUUCAUUUUUUUCAAAAUUAAAUGAAGAUCUACGAGCAAAAGAUCGACAUGCUUUAAAACCAUGGUUUCCUUUUUUAAAAUUAUUCUUAACAGCUGUGGAAAAAUUAUCAUCGCUACAAAUAACAAUCUGGAGAGGUGUAAAUGCAGAUGCAACGUCAUCUUUUCUUUGUGAUGGAGAAGAAAUUUGGUGGAGUAUUAAUUCAUGUUCUAAAAAUACUGAUAUUGUUGGUAAAUAUAUUGGUCCAAAAGGUACAUUAUUUGCUAUAAGUGCACUUGAAGCAAAAGAUAUUUCCAGGUAUUCAGCAAUUCCAGAUGAAGAAGAAGUUAUUCUUAUGCCUGGUACACAUUUAAGUGUUCGUUAUCUACCACUGAAUUUCGAAGAUCGUCUUUUAAUUCUUCAUUUGCAUGAAGAACCAAAACCGAGAGAAAAAGAAAUCUGUUCAGUAUCAUCUCAAAUAGAAUCACGAAUUAAAUCUGGAAAUAAAUUUGGUGGACUUGAGGGUGGUCAUAGUUUUGAUGAUUUUAUAGAAAAUGGUUUAACUUCUUCACAUUAUCUUUGUGGAAUGAUUACUGGAUGUAACAAAUAUCCUUUAGAUUGGUGUCAAUUUUGUUAUUCUUCAUUAAACGAUGACAAGAAAUUAAUUAUUAAAUCAGAAUUGCAAGGUACAUAUGGCUCAGAUGAAAUUAUUGAAAGAUUUUGUAUUAAGAAGAAUGAAAGAAUUAAUAAAGUUCAAGUUAUUGUUGAUUAUAUAACACUUUAUGUUGAUGAAGUUAGAAAAUUAGUUCCAUUGGUACGAGGAAUAAGAUUAUUUACAACAAAUGGACGAUCAAGCGGAUCAAUUGAUCAUCUCAAUGGAGAACUAUAUACAGAAGAAAUUCCAGGAUAUUUUGUUGGAUAUGUUAUGGGAAGAUCGGGUGCAUUUAUUGAUCAAUUACAAUUUCAUUGGUAUAAAAAUUAA